AUGGCACAAACUAUUGAUUAUAAUAAAAUUAAAGAAGCAUCCGUGAAAUAUCCCAAACUCAAAGAAAUCAAUUAUACUUAUGGAACUGCCGGAUUUCGAAUGAAAGCUGAUUACUUGGAAUCAGUGAUCUUUCGAGUAGGAAUUUUAGCAGGCUUACGUUCCAAGAAAUUAAAUUCCAAAUUUAUAGGCAUAAUGGUCACUGCAUCUCAUAAUCCUGAAGCAGAUAAUGGAGUUAAACUUGUGGAUCCAAGUGGAGAAAUGUUGGAACAACGAUGGGAAGCCUAUGCCACCCAAUUAGCUAAUGCUCAAAAUGAAGAAGAAUUGAUCACUGUAAUCAAAUCUAUUGUUUCGCAAAAUGAGAUCAACGAAUCAAAAAAUGCUGUUGUCGUUUAUGCAAGAGAUACUAGACCAAGUGGCCCAAAGUUAAUAGCUGCACUUGAAGAUGGAAUUAAAGCAAUUAAUGCAGUGGGAGAAAAUUUAGGCAUUAAAACUACACCACAACUUCAUUACUAUACAAAUCAUUUAAAUUGUUCUGAAAAACCAGUAGAAGGUAAUUGUGAAGAACUUGCAGAUACACUUUAUUACGAAAAAUUUGCAAAUGCUUUUCAUAAAGCUGUGGGAGGCAAUCAACGUCUUUCCACCAUAAAUGUUGAUGCAGCGAAUGGAGUUGGUGCACCAAAACUGAAGGAACUCGCUGAGUGGAUUGAUAAGAUUAAUGAUAACAUCUUUAAAGUUGCAAUCAUUAAUGGAGAUAUCAAUACUCGUGGAAAGUUAAAUUUUCAAUGUGGUGCUGAUUAUGUAAAGUCAGGACAAAAUCCUCCACUUGGAUUAAGUCUUAGCUGUGAACAACGUGCGGCUUCUUUGGAUGGCGAUGCAGAUCAUGGUACAUUUAGAUUAUUAGAUGGAGACAAGAUUGCAGCAUUGUCUGCUGGGUUUAUUAUCGAACUUGUUAAAGCUGCCGGUCUCGAUAUAAAUGUGGGAGUAGUUCAAACUGCCUAUGCAAAUGGAAGUUCUACUGCUUACUUGGAGAAAGAGUUGAAAGUUCCAGUUUCUUGCGUGCCCACAGGUGUUAAACAUCUUCAUCAUAAAGCUCAAGAAUAUGAUGUUGGAGUUUAUUUUGAAGCAAAUGGGCAUGGAACAAUUUUGUUUAGUUCCGAAGCGAUGAAUAAAAUUUAUUCUGUUCAAGAGCGAACUACUGAACAAGAAAAGGCCAUCAAAAAGUUACAAGCAGCAUCAGAAUUAAUUAAUCAAACAGUUGGAGAUGCAUUGUCAGAUUUAUUAUUUGUUGAAUCAAUUCUAAUUAAUCGACAAUGGUCAUUUCAAAAGUGGAAUUCAAUUUAUACUGAUAUGCCAAAUCGCUUGGUAAAAGUUGUGGUUUCAAAUAGGCAAAUCUUUAAAACCACUAAUGCUGAGAGAACACUUGUUGAACCUAAAGGACUUCAAGAAAAGAUUGAUAAAUUGGUUGCACAAUAUAAGAAUG